AUGGCAGAGAAGGGCGUGAAGGUGUUCGGCAUGUGGGCCAGCCCGAUAGCCAUCCGGGUGGAGUGGGCGCUCCGGCUGAAGGGCGUCGAGUACGAGUACAUCGACGAGGACCUCACCGACAAGAGCGACGCACUGCUCCGGUACAACCCGGUGACCAAGAAGGUGCCCGUUCUGGUCCACGAUGGCAAGCCGAUCGCCGAGUCGACCAUAAUUGUCGAGUACAUCGACGAGACCUGGAAGGACGGCUACCCCAUCAUGCCGGCCGACCCCUACGAGCGUGCUCAGGCGAGGUUCUGGGCCAGGUUCGCCGAAGAGAAGUCCUGGAUGCAACAGACGAUUCUAAUGGCAGGACUGGAUAUGUACACUCUCCAGUGCAACCCUGCUCUGUACCCGGCCUUCACCACUACCGGCGAGGCGCAGCACAAGGUGGUUCAGGAGGCCCAGCAAUGCCUGAAGACCCUGGAAACGGCCCUGGAUGGGAAGAAGUUCUUCGGCGGCGACGCCGUGGGCUACCUCGACGUCGUGGUCGGGUGGUACGCGCACUGGCUCCCUGUCAUCGAGGAGGUUUCCGGCGCCAGCGUCGUCACCGACGAGGACCUGCCCCUGCUGAAGGCCUGGUUCGACCGGUUCCUCGCCGUCGACGUGGUGAAGGCGACCCUGCCCGCCAGGGACAGGCUCCUCGCGUUCAACAAGGCCCGCCGUGAGCAGCUCCUCUCCGCGUAG